ACGCGGAGAUAAUUAUGGCAUUGCUAUCGUCUCUCACGCCUCUCUCUUCUUCUUCUUCCCAGAUCUACACCAUUUGGUUGCUCUGCCCAACCUAAUUAUACCUAAACACACACCUCUGUCCAUUUCUUUAUAUCAUAGGAAUUGAGUUGAGUUAAUUCAUUUAUGUUGUGUUCGUCUUCAUCCAGAACAAGUUCGAAUUGAAUUGGAUUGAGUUAAUUGGAUGUCGAUCGAUAUCUGCGCGAAGAUGAUGAUCGGAUUAAUUGGGGAUAUGGAUUGCCGGUCCAGCGCUGAGUUCAGAAGCCAAGAGGCCUAUGAUUUGCUUCUUUGCCAUGGCUGAUAUUCCAACUCAAUUGGAUUGAAUUCAUUCUGUUCCGAGCUAAUAUCAAUGGAGAUGUAGUCCACUAUCAGAUCGAUGCGCCAUGGAUGAUAAUUGGCUGAUUGGUGCCUCAUUAUUAAAAAGCCACAGUGUGUACUUCCGGUGAGAAACCAAAUGGAGACAGAUACGUGCUAUGCGUUUGCUGUGACAGCAACCAUGUUUGGGGAUGAAAUGGCACGCGAUGGGUCAUCAUUGAUUGGAUCUGCCCAAGAGUUCUUAGAUUAUAUCCAUUGGUUCAGACGCCCUAAACAGGUUGAGACUAAGAAGGGUCCAUUUGACGUAAAAAUGUCUGGGUAUCCAACCAGCUUUGAAAGAGCUUUUAGAUAUGCUGUUACCUAUGGUGUAUCCCCCGAUCGAGUUUAUCCGUGGCUGGGUACUGUGAGUUCAUCACCGGUUGUUGAUGGACCAUGGGAUGGCAUCGUGAAGGCUAAUGGACGCAUAAUUCAAAUUAAUGAAAAAAUUCGAAUAACGAACUACAAAAUUCUACACACUGAAGAGCAAGUUUUACGGAUGCUCCACAAUCAGCCUGUGACUGGUGGUAUUUAUAUGCCAAAAAACUUUAUCAACUGGAAGUCCAAGGAAAUAUUGUUAGUUGCGGGUAACGUGGAUGCAGGACUUCAUGCCGUUACUAUUAUAGGCUAUGGAAGUGAAGUAAAAAAGAAUAUUUGUGGACGAGAAGAAAAAUUGAAAUACUAUAUCUGCCAGAACUCGUACGGCAAUGGUUGGGGAUAUAAGGGAUACUUCAAAGUAUUGAGGCACCUGAUUGGAUUCCACUAUAUUCCUAUUGGCACUUGUAGUCCUGUGGGUGCUUAGACUUGACACUCAUAGUCCUUAGAUGCUUAGAAAGGUUGUUGGAGAAACUAGUAGAACUGUUUGUCAUCCCUGAUUGUUCCACUUAAUAUUAGAUAUGUAAUUAGUAGAUAUGUUGGUGAAUGAGUUAUUUUGGGGCUAUGUUAUUCAAUUGAUAUAUCGGGUUUAAACAA